GAAGACCGAGUGAAUAGCGCGUGAAUAAACAACCCGGGUACCUUGUUAAGAGAGCAGGGCAGUGGUAGUCGUUUCCGUGUUUGUUUCAGUCGUCAAGCAUGGCAUGGACAAAGUAUCAGCUGUUUCUCGCGGGGCUUAUGCUUACAACUGGCUCCAUCAACACGCUGUCGGCCAAAUGGGCUGACUUAUUUAAAGCGAAAGGUUGCGAUGAUGGGCCUGAACGUGACUUCUCACAUCCAUUUGUACAGGCAGUGGGGAUGUUUCUGGGUGAGUUCAGUUGUCUGGCAGUCUUCUACAUCUUGCUUUGCCAUGACAGACGAAGGCCAGAACCAACGAUGAAUAUCGGCCAGAGCUUCAACCCUCUCCUCUUCUUCCCUCCUGCCAUGUGUGACAUGACAGCCACUUCCAUCAUGUAUGUUGCACUCAACAUGACGAGCGCCUCCAGCUUCCAGAUGCUUCGCGGAGCAGUCAUCAUCUUCACCGGUCUCCUUUCGGUGGCGUUUCUGGGGCGUCGCCUGUUGCCCAGUCAGUGGCUCGGUAUCAGCAUCACCAUCCUUGGCCUGGUGAUAGUGGGCCUCGCUGACUUUGUCAGUGGGCACAGAGAUGACUCACAUAAACUCAGUGAUGUCAUCACUGGUGAUCUUCUGAUCAUUAUGGCUCAGAUCAUUGUUUCAGUUCAGAUGGUGCUGGAGGAAAAGUUUGUCUACAAACACGACGUUCAUCCUCUUCGGGCUGUUGGAACUGAAGGACUCUUUGGUUUUAUUGUCCUGUCUCUGCUGCUCAUCCCUAUGUAUUUCAUCCAUGUUGGCAACUUCAGCAACAACCCUCGGCAUGUCCUGGAGGAUGCGCUAGAUGCUUUCUGUCAGAUCGGACACAAGCCUCUCAUUCUGUUGGCUCUGCUGGGCAACACGGUCAGCAUUGCCUUCUUCAACUUCGCCGGGAUCAGCGUCACUAAAGAGAUCAGCGCCACCACCCGCAUGGUGCUGGACAGCCUGCGUACGCUGGUUAUCUGGGUGGUGAGUCUAGCCCUGGGUUGGGAGAGUUUUCACGGCCUGCAGGUUCUGGGCUUCUUGGUUCUGCUGCUGGGCACAGGACUCUACAAUGGACUUCACCUCCCUCUGCUGGCCAGGAUACCGUUCUGUGCUGCGUUUGUGAACAGAGAAGAGGAGCGCAACGCAGCAGAAAGAGAGAGAUUGCUUAAUAACGGCAGGGGGCAGGCGGAUGCAGACACAUAAAACUUGUUGGACUCAGCACAGACAGCAUCACACAGACACUGUAACUUUCAGGAAAGUCGUCAGUUGCAUUUUACACAUUUUUCUGUUCACGCCUCUGGUUUUAACUGACCUCACACAGCGCUGUAAUGUGUGUGAAAACAUUUUUAAAGAAACGUUUAAAAAUUUGGGGAAAAGUGCACUUAUUUAUUUUCUUGCAGAAUUAAAUAAGGUGAUUUGUACCACUCUUGUAUUCUGUAUGCACAACAAACACAAAGCUAAAGGCUAUUCGCUUAGCUAACAACAUAAACUGAUUGUAGUGACACAGUGGAUCCUGUCCUGACACCCAACACUCUCAUUUCAGAGACUAAUCAGGGUAGAAGAGAGAUAUUUUAUCCUUUUGUGUUGUUUAUCUCCUGUUUAAUUCCUGCCAUUGGUCAUGGAAUCUGUUGACUUUUAAUUAUAAAGCAGGACUUGUUCCAAUUUAUAAAACAAAACCUUCAAACUUGAAUUAGUGGGGGCGAUUGUACGAGUGUGUGCUCUCACUCAUACACGUUCAACUACAAAGUGAGUCACAUUUUCCACUGGGUUUUAAAGCCUGUGAAAAUUGUCAUCCUCAUCAAGACUAUGUGUCUGCUGAUUACACACGUGUAUGGAAAAAUCUCUACUCAGAAAAAACAACCAGACAAGGAGCAAAAAACCACGGAUGCUUGUUUUGUGGAGCGACUUUGACUCAUUGUUAUAAACACCUCUAAGAUAUAUUUUAGACCAAGUAUCAGCCCAUAUUUAGAUAAAUUAGUGAUUAUAUACUAAAGUGUAGUAUAAAUUGGAAAUUGCCCAUUUCUAGAUGCCCAUUCUGUUUGUGCACAUGGACCCAGAAAGCCUAAGAGUCAUGUGGGAAAGUGCAUCAUCACUACUUUUUCUGAGACACUUCCUUAUUUCCUCUGCAUCUUCACUGCUUAGUCUGUGAGCUGCAGUGUAAAGCUUCUCCUCUGAUGUACCUUCAGCCCUGAAAUAGCAACAAGGAGAAUAAAAUUCUAUUUAUCAGCAGGUUGAGAUCACUAAUAAUCACGUGACUCAGUAAAAAAUGCAGACGAGAGUCUGAAAAGUACUAAAAGCAUCAUGCACUCAUGGUCAAAAUGUGGCUAAAACAUGUGAAUAUGUUGCCAGUUGGCAGAUCCUUUUGUCAUCUGACAUGGUAGACCAGCACUUUGCCCCUGUUUCCUGUUUUUAUUCUCAACUAAACAAACAUGUUUGUUCCAUCGGGCUGAGUGAUGUCAAUUAUCUCAUCUAAUUCUGCAAGACAGACGAGUUGUUUUUAUCCCAGAUUCUUAAAUUAAUUUAACAUCUGGAAGAAAUAACAGCCUGUUGGAGGUGUUUAACCACAGCAUUUGUUUUUAAGGUUUUUAAACUUUUUUUUUACAGGUGUACGGGCAGAAAACAAAAACAAUCCAAUAGUUUUUUUUUUUGUUACUUAAGUACUAAAGCAUAUGUUAUGCCUUAUACCUAAGGCAUUUUUUUUGUUAUUUAAAAAAAAAACAUUGUGAAAUCAUAUCCAGUAAUAAUUUGAAUAUUUGUCCACAGUAAGAGCCUUUUAUAUGAUUUUUUAACAUGUUCCAGAUUGUGCCAAAAUUUUGUCAUCACGGAAAUGUGCACUUGAUUCACUUCCUCAAGACGGCACCAUAGAUGUUUUAGAAUAACGUUAUCAAAUCUGUAAUCUAAGUAAAGCUGUUUCCUGUUUUUAAUUCACUUUUUAAAGAAGGUCUCCACAUUUUUUACACAAGAACCUGUACAAAGAGUUCAGAUCUCCACAAGAGAUUUAUUCUUUGUAUCACAAACCCUGCUUCCCCCCUUAUGUUUAGUUAUGCACGAUGUUUUCUAGAAGACACGUGGAGAAAAAGGGAACUGUCAUUAUCUUACAUUUUUGUUGAAUUUUGAAAUUGCUCUCCAGCUAGUAGAUGUUAUACAAUGAAAUACAAUAAACAGAAAAAUGUCAACCAGUGUCCUCACUCAUGUUUGAACAUCUUUUAUAUUUUAAAAUGAUGCACUUGGUUAAAUAAAUGUAUGUGUAUCUGUAUGUGUAGAGCAAAAGUUUUAGGCACAAUCAUGAAAAAAAUGACUGAGUUGCAGCCUUAACUGUGAUUUUUGGGCCUCAGAAAAUGUGUUUCUACUCUCAUAUGCUUUAUUUACAGACCUAUAACAUAUGACUGUUUACCUUUAGUUUAUAAAGGCCACACUGGCUCAUAUGCAUGUGUGUAGAAAAUGUAAGAAAAUGGAAUAAAAGUGUCAGUAAAAAGGUCUAAUGUUACCAGCAGCUGACACCUGCGCUUACUGAAGAGUCAAACCAACAUCCCCCCCAAAGAGCUUUUUUAUGCUUUAAUGGAGGUCAAAAGUUAAAACCAGGGGUCCCCAGAGACCUGUACAUGCAACCACAUCCAACUUAAUGGAGCAAGAUGAAUGAACAUGUGUUAACUGACCACACACACACUCACAUACAUUCUUUUUGAUUAGGUGUAUGAUCACAAUUAAGAAAAAGUUUAUUAUAACAUUUUUAACUUGUUUUAAAUGUAAUAGACUGUCUGUACUUUUUUUGUUUAGCCUUUUUUUUAAAAAUCAAUUCCCUUAGAUAAGAGAGAAUUUCCUUGAAAUUAAUUUAAUCCAAAUCCAAGUUUUCAUUCAGAGUUGGAUAUAAUUUAAAGGUUAUAGUAUUCAGCAACAUUAAACUGCACAAGUUCUGACAUGGAAAAUUAAUAUUGCUGAUUCUGUACUAGUUCUAUAUCAGCACUCAAGUGGAAGCAGAUUGAUGGAAUUGAUGUGUUUCUUGUUUGUUUUGGUGUUUCUGUGAAUUAAAGGUCACAUUUUCUUAGA